CCGCAACCGUCCAGGAGAACCUUGCUGCCCGGAUCCCGUUACUGCCAGGCGGGGAGUCAUGCCCGUGCGCUGGAAGGGAUUGAGCGAGUACAAGAGGAACUUCAAAUGGAGAAAAUCAGAUCAAUCUAAGCUUUGUAGCCCUACACGUGAGCAAACAUGCCAGUGGGCUGGACUUCGAUCAGAUGAACUUGGAAUCUCCAAAGAACCAAAUUUUAUUUCCAAGAGAAGAGUGCCUUAUUACAACACACAGGUUUCGAAGUCCUUUGAGUGGAAUGGGGACAACGAUUCGGAAAAAGCUACAUCAUCAGAACUUCACCAGCCACUGCAGUUGCACGUAAAUGACAGCAAAGAUGAUAUAAAUCAGGAAACAAUUAAGACGCCUGAUGCGCCCAGGCUUCUUGAGAAAAUGCAUUCCAACUCUGCAGGUUCCAGAACUGAAUCAACUGUAGCUCUUGUAGAAAGGAAGAAAUCACCACCCAAAACUUCAGUGGAUGAAAAUAGAAUGUCAGCAUCUACCAAAAAGGAUGUAGGAAAAAGAGACAACGGGCUUAAUAAAGUUCUGCAGAGGAAAGCAGGCAUGAAUAUUCCACGAUCAAGUAGCUUCCCCAGAAGUUCUGAGUAUCAAAGGCAGUUUGUUUGGAAAACCCCUCAAAAAAUCUCUCCAGUACUUGCAGCAGACCAGUUUAUUCACAGUGCAAGUCAGUCCAUCCCCCCCUUUAAGUCUCCUGUCAUUAUUCCGGAAACUGAGUAUGAAAGGAGUUUCAAACCUUCACCCCCUAUGAAAGAAUUGAAACAGAGAUGCUGUUUGGAAGAAAGAGAAUGUCCUGGAUCUGAGCCUGUACAAAUCUCUGGAGAAAAGAAUGAGAGGACGGAAACAUUUUUGAAGACAACAGAAAAUCUAUCAAAGCAAAGCAAAUCAGAAACAAAAAAGAAACAUUGCAAACAAAAACAUAAGCCACUUUGUUUACAUAGAAGUUCUAGGAAAAUGAACACGGAAUACAGAUCGAAUUUCUUGUCUCCAGCUCAGUAUAUCUACAAAGACGGAGCUUGGUUGCGUAUCAGGAGAAAUAUACCUGAUCAAGGUUCUCAAAACACCCUAAAUACCAUGUGGUAUAUGGAGGUGAAAGAACUUCGAGAGAAAGCAGAGGCUUACAGGCAAAGAAUACGGGGAACGCACUUCUCCAGAGAUCAUUUAAAUCAGCUUCUGUCAGAUAACAACAGGCUUUGGGAUUUGUCCUCGGAUUCCAGUGCAGAAGAAACCAUGAGCAACAAUGUUAGAGCGCUAGAUCUAGCAGGGAUUCCUGAGAAAAAGCUCUCUCCAGGUCCUAAGAUCUUGCCACAAUCUGAAUUGUCAGAGCAGUUCCAACAGAACAACACUGGGAAAUUCGGCUUGUCAGAUGCUGCCACUGUUCCAGUCAAGCGGCGUCUGGUUUGGGGUGAACCAGGCAAUGAUCAACAACCAGAAAAUCAGUCACCAGCAUUAGGGCAAGGAGAGGAAAAAGAAAAGAACCAGGAAUUGGAAGAGAUUAAAGAACUGGAAAAAAAUUAUAAAGAUGCCAAUACAGACAAUCAGCAAGAAGAAAAUAUGAAUGCUCCAGGUGAUAUGACAGAUUCUUCUUCUGUAUCCUCAAGAGGAGGUGGAAGGCUUCCUACUCCACUAUUAAGAGCCCAAAGAACACAUCAUGACCUUACAACACCAACUGCUGGAGGUGCUGUUUUAGUAUCUCCGCCUAAAGUGAAGUCUUCAUCAUCACUGCACAUUAGGGAAGAGACUUCAGAAAAGCAUGCCUUGACCAGUAAUCAAGUCUCAAGAGAAGAGUUAAAAAGGAAAUCUAACAGGGAUGAAGGAGAAACUAUAUCACUGGGGCAUUCCUCAGCUGCUGGACUGAAAACCUUGGACCCUUUCCCUUUACGGAAAGAUCAGUGGCCCAGUCAAGAUACCGCAGGUGUAAAAGUCCCUCCAACUUCAGUGCAUUUGGACAAGACAUCAAUAGUUCCUGGCUUAAAGUCUGCUAAGGACCGGGCUCUCCCCUAUUGGAGCCCAUUAUGCCGCAUUCAAGGAACUCUCAGAAAUCCAGAGUUUCAACAUAAUGGCAAUGUUGCAAGUCCACAAAGGAGCUGGUUGCAAUUACCACUUCAGGAAAGGAACUAUAAUGAUGAAGAUGAUGAUGACCGAUUGUCUCAGCUAUCUGCUCGAUCUGCUGCUUCUAGUUCCCUUGCAUCUCAGGUUCUAGAACGAGCUCAGAGGAGGAAAGAGAACUUCUGGGGCAAAAUGUGACUGUGUUCUGUUAUAUUUGCAAACUAUUUUGUACUUGGGUAUUUUAGUAGCCAUUUAUGAAAAUUAUUUUGGGAUUACCUCUGAUUGUUUGCAUCUGUCAGCUUGGUAAAAGGGUCUGAUUAUUGGAAAUGCUGGAUAUUCGCUAUUCCCUUUGCGUAUUGGAUAGAAUGUGGGAAUGCACAGCCGAUCUUGGAAUUGAGCUCACACUGUUGCAAAAGUAUUUAAAAAUGUUUUCACGCUAUAGCCAAAAUGAUGUUUCCAUUUCAUAUACAAUUUAUGAGAUUUUAAACGUUUUAAGAUGGCAAUAUACGGAGAAAUCGCACCAGACAGCAAUGUGAUCAUCUUAUUCUUUACCACAAGCACUACAUUCAGUGCAGCCAUGGAGUAAGCUAAAAGGUAAUGUAAGUCUAAAGGUGCUUUAAAAACUCCAAAAGUAAAGUAAGACUGAAAUAGAUACAGGCUGCCUGCAACCUUCAUUAUUCUCUCAACCAGGAUUAUUUCAGCUAUUACUUUAGCACUCACCAAGCUCAAAGAUCUCUUAAUACCACCCAAGAUAUUUACAUAAAGCUUUCCACUUUCCUUACACUGGACUCAUUAUUGUUAAUCCUUUUGCUCCAAUAGAGUCUUGGCACUUCCUCCGGUCUACCAGGCUCAUGGACUUAACAUGCUUUUGACCUGGCUUGGAUUGCUCAAGUCCUAGCAAUAAUGACAUUGAUGUGGCUCUUGUGGCUCUGUCUUGGUGAUGCUAAAUUGUCUCAGUUUCCAUUAUGAAGUUGCCCAAGUAAAAUAUAUUCACAAACGUUACUGUCAACCUGUUUGGCUGUUCUGUGAUACAGUGUGGCACUGGUCCUUUCCUCAAUGUACAUUCCAGAGUAAUCUCCACUCCCCUUUACCCCUUAUCACUAUCUUAAAUUUCAGUCCAUUGUACUGUAGAUUUGAGUAUCUUACAGGAGUUUGAUGUAAGAAAGCAUGUUUUGUGUAUGUGAUCACAAUUACCCUUGUUAGAAAUAUCCAGAAUCAGUUUUAAAUCUUACCUUUAGAUACUACUACCAUCAACACACUUGUCUCAUCUUAAGACUCAGGGAAUUUGAAAGGACUGAAGUCUAAAAAUACGGUGUUGUCCUGAUGUGCUAUUUUAAUUCUCUUUUUUUAGGAUUUCUGAACUACUGACAUUACUGUAAAAAGUUUUUUAAAGCUAGAAUAGAUUGUAGUUUAUGAUGAACACCCAGGAGAUGGUUCUUUCCACCCACUGAUCACCCUCAGCAUUUUAACAUUAAGCAGAUGUGGUUUGUAAAGAAGUGAUGGAAGUUUUAUUAUUAUUUUUAAAUUGUUAGAUUUGUAUGAUGAAAAAAUGAGGUUUGUAUGUGUUUUAAAAU